AUGCGGCCCCGCCACCUCGAUUUCACCGCGGGAGCUGCUCCACCGCAACCCGCGCAACCCGCGCAACCCGCUCAACCCCCGCAACCUGCGCAACCCGCGCAACCCCCGCAACCCGCGCAACCCGCGCAAUCCCCGCAACCCGCGCAACUCGCGCAACCCCCCCAACCCCAGCAACCCGCGCAACCCUCGCAACCCGCGCAACCCUCCCAACCCUCACAACAUUCGCAAGCGGCGCAGCAGGCGGCACUGCAGUCUCAACAGCCGCAGGAACAGUCGCCGCAUUUGUCACUAGCACCAUCCGCAGACUUGGCGAACCCUGAGGGCGCACGGAGAAGGCAGGGUGUGGCGGCGGAGACAGCAGGGCGCAUGGCAGGCGGUGGUGAUGUGCGGGAAGCAAGCGAAAAGCAACGACAGCAGCAGCAGCAGCAGCAGCAGCAGCAGCAGCAGCAGCAGCAGCAGCAGCAGCAGCAGCAGCAGCAGCAGCAGCAGCAGCAGCAGCAGCAGCAGCAGCAGCAGCAGCAGCAGCAGCAGCAGCAGCAGCAGCAGCAGCAGCAGCAGCAGCAGCAGAAGCAGCAGCAAAUGGGAGUAGCAGCGGGUGAGGGGUUGCUGCACAGCCGGAGCGUGCAGGAAAUGCUGCAACCUCCGCUGCCCCAACCCGUGCCUGCGCCCGUGCCUGCAGGCGGCUCGGCACCCCCCCUGCCGCUUGCUCCGCCCCUGCUGCCGUCCUCCUCGCCCUUCACCACGUGCGCUCCUGCCUCUCCUGUUGCCCCCCCCCCCCCCCCCCCCCCCCCUCGCCUCUCCUCUUGUUCGCUGCUGCCCUUCAUCCUGCAUGCGUUGCCUUCAGUCCUCUCCGUCGCUCUCAUGUGUGCUGCUGCCCCGCAAUCACCCCUCGGACGCUACCACGUGCAUCUGGCACGCUCUCACUCACCCGCCAUGCCCCCCCUCCUCGCCAUGCCCCCCCUCCUCGCCAUGCCCCCCCUCCUCGCCAUGCCCCCCCUCCUCGCCAUGCCCCCCCUCCUCGCCAUGCCCCCCCUCCUCGCCAUGCCCCCCCUCCUCGCCAUGCCCCCCCUCCUCGCCAUGCCCCCCCUCCUCGCCAUGCACCCCCUCCUCGCCAUGCACCCCCUCCUCGCCUUGCACCCCCUCCUCGCCCUCCCUGCGUGCCCCACCCCUCCCCUGCGCGUGUGUGUGUGCGCCACCCCACACAGGGGCAGCAGGAAGCCGCGGGCAGACAGGAAGGACGCGGCCACGGCAGCAGCCGUGCUGGCAGCGGCGGCGGCACGGGAGGCAACGGGGGGUCCCGGGGGAGGCACGCCUCCGCGCAAGCGCUCGUGCAACUGCCGCAACUCGCGCUGCCUCAAGCUGUACUGCGAGUGCUUUGCGGCGGGGCUGUACUGCGAGGGGUGCAACUGCGUCAACUGCUGCAACUCGCCUGCCAAUGAGGCGCAGCGCCACGACGCCGUGCUCGCCGUGCUCGACCGCAACCCCAACGCCUUCCGCCCCAAAAUCGCCCCCCACAGCCCCUCCCACGCCCCCGCUUCGUCCCUCCUUUCCAAUGCGUCCCACCCCCCACUCACACCCCCCCCCUGGCAGCAGGGCGAGGCGGCGCGCGUGCACACGCCGGUGGCGGGGCGGCACCGCGCGGGGUGCCACUGCCGCAAGAGCGGGUGUCUGAAGAAGUACUGCGAGUGCUUCCAGGCCAACGUGCUGUGCGGCGCCAACUGCAAGUGCGCCGACUGCAAGAACUACGAUGGCAGCCUCGACCGCCAGGCCGUCGUUGCCGGCCUUGCUGCUGCUGCUGCUGCCGCUGCCGUCACGCCCAUCAAGUUUGAGAUGUCAGCCUACCAGCGCAUGGUCACCCCCACCAAGGCGUCCGCCUUCACGCCUCCUGCUGCACGCCCUGGCCUGCACUCCCACACAUCCCCGCACGCCCACGCACAUGCUCGCACACCCUCUCACUCGCUCGCUCACUCGCACUCCUACCCUCCCUUUCGCCCCCACCACUCCCCUGUGCCUGCCCAUGCUGCUUCUGCUGCUGCUGGGGGUGCCAUGGGCGGUGGGAUGGGCGGGGCAUGGGAUGGGAGGGGUGGGGGGCACGCGGGUGGGCAUGUGGUGGCGGGAGGGAGUCCCGAGGGCAGCACCAUGCACAUGCACCCUCCUGCCGCCUUGAGGUACGCGCUGGCUGAGCUGGGAGGGAGUGAGGUGUGGGCAGCAAACGGUGUGUUUCCCUUGAGUGAGUCGCCCCCCCCGCACCCCCCCAUGGUGGGCCUCUCCCCCUCCCGCGCGCCCUCCUCGCCCGCCCUGCCCUCCCCCUCGGCGCGCUCGCCCCUCUCCUCAUGGGCGGUGCGGCGAACGUGCAUGCUCAUGGCGGCGCUGGCGUGGGGCGUGCAGCACGAGUACACCGCGAGCAGUGAGUGGCAUAUCACAAGUCACUCGUAUGCCUCUCUUGCCACCCAUUCGCACGCUCGUCGCUCGCUUGGAAUGCGAAAUGCUUAUUCUGCCUUCCAAUCGGCCUUGUUAUGGUCUGCGCUCUCCGUCUGCACCCUCCGUCUGCACUCUCCGUCUGCGCUCUCCGUCUGCGCUCUCCGUCUGCGCUCUCCGUCUGCGCUCUCCGUCUGCGCUCUCCGUCUGCGCUCUCCGUCUGCGCUCUCCCUUCGCCCUCUCUCUCAACCGGUCCUGGCGCACAACGUGCCAGUGGCACACAACGUGCCAGUGGCGCACAACGUGCCAGUGGCGCACAACGUGCCAGCGGCGCACAACGUGCCAGUGGCGCACAACGUGCCAGUGGCGCACAACGUGCCAGUGGCGCACAACGUUCCAUACUUGGACCCACUGAGUACUUGGACCCACCGCGCGUGCACAACGCCACCAUGUGCUGUGCUGUGGACCGACCUUCUCCACCACGGGCCCGAGGAUGCUCGCGACGUAGCCGCCGGCUGUGGUCUCCAUGCGGCAGUCAUCGCUGUCGUUGAACACCGCGCCGCUGUCAUUGAUGAGUUCUUAUCGGUCAUCGUGUCUGAAGAUGCUGUUACGCCGGUCCGCUCCCAGCUCGCCUUCACUCCAGCACGGCCGUGUUGCUUCUCCACCACCCGCAGCGCACACGCCGCUGCACAAGCCGACUCGGCCGAAGGCCGAAUGGCAGUGUCCACCCGGCCGGAGCCAGAGGCAGUCCGGGCAGCAGAGGCAGCAGAGGCAGUGCGGGCAGCAGAGGCAGCAGAGGCAGCAGAGGCAGCAGAGGCAGCUGAGGCAGCUGAGGCAGCAGAGGCAGCAGAGGCAGCUGAGGCACGCGCUGCAGCAGAGGAGCCUUCUCCGCACGCGCCCGCACAGCAGAGCCCCCCCCACAGCCCCACCGCCACAGUCAAGCUCGGCUUCCAGGGCCCCCAGGUGUCUGGUCCUCCUCAGGUGUCUGCUGCUCCUCAGGUGUCUGCUGCUCCUCAGGUGUCUGCUGCUCCUCAGGUGUCUGCUGCUCCUCAGGUGUCUGCUGCUCCUCAGGUGUCUGCUGCUUCUCAGGUGUCUGCUGCUCCUCAGGUGUCUGCUGCUCCUCAGGUGUCUGCUGCUCCUCAGGUGUCUGCUGCUCCUCAGGUGUCUGCUGCUCCUCAGGUGUCUGCUGCUCCUCAGGUGUCUGCUGCUCCUUGGGCAGAGUGUGAGCGAGCAGGCAGUGCAGGCGAGGUGGGGGAUUGCUGCAAGGGGGCGAGUGAGAGGGCAGAGGGGCAGGGCGGGCGAGGGGAGGGGAGCAGGGCGGUGGAAGCGGAGAGCAGGGCGGUGGAAGCGGAGAGCAUGGGUGGACUGGCGGGGCACGGUGGGGGGGAGGGGAGUGAGGCGGACGGUGAUCGCCAAGGGCAGGGGCAGGCGAGAGAGGGAGGCGCGGGUGGAGGCGCGAGGGCGGAUGAGGCGGUGACAGGCAUGCUUGGUGACAGUAGCCCUGGUAACGCAGAGGAUGAGAAGGAGAUAGACAGGGUAGGAAACGAGGAGAGGGAUGGGGGUGUGGAAAGGGAAAGGGAGGAAAGGGAAGGGGAGGAAACGGAAGGGGAGGAGAGAGAUAGCGAGGAGAAAGAUGAGAAAGAGAAGUAUGGGGCGGAGAGGGGUGGGGAGGAGAGGGAUGUGGGGGAGAGUGAUGGGGAGAAGAGAGGAUGGGAGGAGAUUGAAGGAGAAAUGAGAGAAGAGGAGAGCAGAGAAGAGAGAGAAGGGGAGGAGAGGGGAGGGGAUGGGACAGAUGGGGAAAAUAACGACAAGGAGAGAGAAGCUGAUGAGAGUGAAGGGCCAGGGAUGGAACGAAGGGAAAGAAUGAGGAGCGAGGAGAAGGCGAGAGAUGAUGACGAGAGGGGAGGAACGGAGAAUGAGGAGAUGAGGAGUGACAGGAAGGUCCCGAAGGAGAGUGUAGAGAAGAGGGGGAAAGGGAAGGUGAAUGAUGAAAAGAGGAGGGACGGGAGCGAGAGAGAAUCAAACAGGAGGGAAGGGAAGGACAGGGAUGGAGAGGAGAGAGAAUCGAACAGGAGGGAAGGGAAGGACAGGGAUGGAGAGGAGAGAGAAUCGAACAGGAGGGAAGGGAAGGACAGGGAUGGAGAGGAGAGAGAAUCGAACAGGAGGGAAGGGAAGGACAGGGAUGGAGAGGAGAGAGGUCGAGAGAGGCCAGAUGGGAAGGAGAGAGAUGGCAAGAGGGAACGGAAGGGGAGAGAAAGAAGUCGAGAUGUGAAAGAGAGGGAACGGAAGAGGAGAGAUGGGAAGCACAGAGAAGGGCGGGCGAGAGAAUUGAAGAAGAGGGAAGGUAGGGAGGGAGAAGCAAGGAAGAGGGAAGGGAAGGAGAGAUACAGAGAGAGCUACGUAGAAAAGUGGAGAUACAAGGAGAGAGAUAGUAAGAGGAGAGAAGGAAAGGAUAGAGAUGGUAAGGAUAGAGAAGGUAAGGAUAGAGAAGGAAAGGAUAGAGAAGGAAAGCAGCGAGACUCGAAGGAACGAGGAGGGACGGACGAAGAGGGGGAGAGAAGAGAAGGGAAUGAGAGAGAAGGGAAAGAAAGAGAUGGAAAGAGAAGAAAAUGGACGGAGAGAGAAGGGAAGGAUGGCGGAGGUAAAGAGAAGGGAGUAGAGAAUGAAAGAAAGGAGAGAGAAGAGAUCGAAAGGAAGGAGAAGGAAAGAGGAGAAGAUAGCAAGUUUGGUGAGGCCCAAGAAGGAAACGUGGUGGUGGGCGAGGGAAGCGGGAAGGAGCAAGUGGGGUGUGGUGAGAGCAAGGCGGAGCAGCGCGGCACAGAAGAGAGGGGGGGGCGAGCUGAGUCUCCAUCGCAGAGGCAGGGGGGUUCUGUGGGGGAGGUGGGAGGGGUGGGUGAGGGCGCAAGUGGUGAGGGGGGUGGUGCUGGUGCUUUCCGUGUGAAGGAGGAGUGGGCAUGUGCACCGGACAAGAGUGACUUGGAGGUGGGCGAGGAGGUGGGCGAGGAGGUGGGCGAGGAGGUGGGCGAGGAGGUGGGCGUGGAGGUGGACGAGGAGGUGGGCGUGGGUGCAGCGGAGAAGGCGUGUGAGUUGACUCGCGUGCUGCUGGGUCCCACGGUGUCGCGUCUUGCUGCUACAUCCGUUGGUGGUGGCAUUGAAGGUUCGAAGGCGGUGGCCGAUGUGAUGCUGGCAGGUGGCGGGGCCACGGCAGCGCAGGAAGAGAGAGGGCAGGCAGUGCAUGCAGAGGAGAAGCAGGUGGAGGGCGGUGAGGAGGUGAGCAUGCAGGUGAGCAUGCAGGAGGAGGGUAGCAGUGAGGGGAGACCAGUGCAGGAGGAGGAGAGGGGAGAGCGGAGGGUAACGGCUGGGAGCUUGGCGGAGGGCGAGGUGGCGGAGGGAGAACGGGAUGAGGAAGUGGUGGAAAGUGGGAAGGUAGGAAGCGGGGGACAGGAGCAGCAGGAGGAGGGGGGGGAGGGGCGGCAGCAGCGGUCGGUGUCGCCGGGCACGCGGGCGCUGAUGUGCGACGAGGAGGACGACCCCGGGGACACGCUUUUCGCCGCCACCUCCUCCCCGCUCGCCCGCUCCAGCGCACUCGCCAGCAGCGAUGCCGAUGCUGACCUGGACGAUGACGUGGCGAGGGGUGAUGUGGCGGAUGAGGGGGACGAGCAGGGCGGAGGGGAAUGGGGUGCGUGGUGGGAUGGCAGGCGGGUGAGUCGGAAGCGCAGUGCAGAGCUGAUGGAGGGGCAGCGCGGCAUGGGGGCGGGCAUGGGGGCGGGCAGCAGCAGCCCCUCCGCCGCUCUGCCGCGCACCACCAGCGCUGGCCUUGCCGCCCGCCUGCUGCCCUCUGGUUUCUCGCCCUCACCUGGCAAGGUCAGGAGGAGAAGCCUGGGGGGGCAUGGUGCGGGUUGUGGCGGCGGCGUGAGGGGGGGAGAGGAGCAGGUGGAUGGGAGGAGGAGCGUGAGUGCCGGUCAUGCUGCCCUUGCUGCUGCUGCCGCCGCUGCUGGCAAUCAUCCCUUUGCUGCCGGAUGCGUCUCAGGAGCUGCUGCAGGCGCGGCAGCAGCAGAGGUGGGUGUGAUGGAUGAUCCAAGAGUUGCCAUCCGCCUCGCUGCCGUGCGGUCGGCACUGGCCACGACAAGGGGUCAGGGGAGAGGGACGUCGGCAACAGGAGGGGCGAGUGGAGGGGAGGGAAGAGAGCGAAUGCAGGCAGUGCAGCAGAGGGCGGUGGUGGAGAGGGUGGUGGUGGAGAGGGGGCUUCUGGAAUUGCUAGAAGACCACCUUCUGCAGAUCGCCGCCCACAUUGGCGCCCCCGCUUGCUAG